UACGUAACGCGUUGUUCCUCUCUAGCUACGUUCGGAAUGUCCUCUUCUCGCUUCGUUAGCCAGAGCUAUUUGGUUAGCUAGAUAUUUUGUUAGCUAUAUAUUGGACACCUUGUACGGGAUAUAUGGACGUGAUGGAUUGAUAUAACAGGCGAAAACAAUCUGGCAGUAGCAUCAACAUCUUUUUUUAAGUGCAACUAUGUUCGGUCGGUCACGGAGUUGGGGAGGAGGGCAGGGGAAAACUAAAAAUAUUCAUUCCCUGGACCAUCUUAAGUAUAUGUACCAUGUCCUAACUAAGAACACGACAGUAACAGACAGCAACAGGAACUUGCUGGUGGAGACCAUUCGCUCCAUCACUGAGAUACUCAUCUGGGGAGACCAGAACGACAGCUCCGUCUUCGACUUCUUCCUGGAGAAGAAUAUGUUUGCGUUCUUCCUGAAUAUCCUUCGUCAGAAGUCCGGUCGUUACGUCUGUGUCCAGCUACUCCAGACACUCAACAUCCUGUUUGAAAAUAUCAGCCACGAGACGUCGCUCUAUUACCUGUUGUCCAACAACCACGUCAACUCCAUCAUCGUUCACAAGUUUGACUUCUCAGACGAGGAGAUCAUGGCCUACUAUAUCUCCUUCCUGAAGACCCUGUCACUCAAACUGAACAAUCACACCGUACACUUCUUCUAUAACGAGCACACUAAUGAUUUUGCCCUGUACACCGAGGCCAUUAAGUUCUUCAACCACCCAGAGAGCAUGGUUCGUAUCGCAGUCAGAACCAUCACACUGAACGUCUACAAGGGUGAGUCACACACACACACACACACACACACACACACACACACACACACACACACACACACACACACACACACACACACACACACACACACACACACACACACACACACACACACACACACACACACACACACACACCACCCAGAGAGCAUGGUUCGUAUCGCAGUCAGAACCAUCACACUGAACGUCUACAAGGUGGACAACCAGCACAUGCUCCACUACAUUCGAGACAAGACGGCGGUCCCGUACUUCAGUAACCUGGUCUGGUUCAUCGGCUCCCACGUCAUCGAGCUGGACAAGUGUGUUCAGACAGACCAAGAGCAUCGUAACAGGGGUAAGCUGAGUGACUUGGUAGCAGAACAUCUCGACCACCUCCACUACCUGAACGAUAUCCUGACCAUCAACUGUGAGUUCCUCAACGAUGUCCUGACGGACCACCUGCUCAACCGUCUGUUCCUGCCUCUCUACGUCUUCUCUCUGGUCUGCCCUGAACAGUCUGAAGAUCGGAAGAUCAACCCUCAGGUGUCCCUUAACCUGCUGUCACAGGUGUUUCUCAUCAUCCACUACCAGCCGCUGGUCAACUCUCUGGCUGAAGUCAUCUUCAACGGAGACCUGUCUGUCUUCACACAACACAAAAACACGGUCAGUGCAGGUGUCCGUCUGUUCACCAAGCCUCCUGAGUCUCUGGAGCGGUCUCUGGAGCUGUCCUGCCACCGGGGGCGCAAGCGAGCCCAGAAACGCCCCAACUACAAGAACCUGGGAGAGGAAGAGGAAGAGGAGAGGCCGGGGGGAGGAGAGGAGGGCUUGGAGGACAGCGAGAGAGAGAGGGAGAAGUCUAAAGGUACAGAGGGAAGCAAUAAGGGAAGCAGCAGGACAAGUGGGGAGAUGGAAGAGAUAGAGAUGGUGGUGAUGGACAAGGGGAAGGUGUCGGAGACGUCGUCAACGGAGACGGAACAGAAUAUCACCGAUGAGGAGAAGACUGCUGCCGCUGCACGAACACAGAGGAAGAGACCGUUCCUAGACAUGGUGUACAGUGCUCUAGAUUGUAGUGAAGACGAUUACCAUGCUCUGUUUGUUCUCUGUCUACUCUACGCCGUGUCACACAGCAAAGGUAUCAACCGUGAGUUGUUGGAGAGACUGCAGCUGCCAGUCCCGGACCAGGAGAGGAGCUGUUACAGCCAGGUGUUGGUGGAGAGACUCAUACGGGUGAUAAACGUGGCCGCACAACCAGAUGGUAAGGUACGUCUGGCUACUCUGGAGCUGAGCUGUCUGCUGUUGAAACGGUCCGUUCUCUCCUCCUCCUCCUCCUCUUCCUCCUCUCCUGCUCACUGCAUCAUCAAAGACGUACACCUGGCCUGUCUAGAGGGAGCCAGAGAAGAGAGUCUGCAUCUCCUAAGGCGAUUCUAUAAGGGGGAGGAGAUCUUCCUGGACAUGUUUGAAGAUGAGUACAGGAGCAUGACGAGUAAGCCCCUGAACGUGGAGUAUCUGAUGAUGGACGCCUCCGUUCUACUUCCUCCUACUGGAACUCCGCUGACUGGAAUAGACUUCGUUAAGAGACUGCCGUGUGGAGGAGUAGAGAAGACCAGACGGGCCAUCCGUGUCUUCUUCAUGCUGAGAUCGUUAUCUCUUCAGCUGCAGGGAGAACCAGAGACGCAGCUUCCUCUCACACGCUCCGAAGACCUCAUCAAGACCGACGAUGUUCUGGACCUAAAUAACAGUGAUCUCAUAGCCUGUAUGGUGGUGAGUAAGGAAGGCGGUCAGGCCCAACGGUUCCUGGCGGUCGACGUGUACCAGAUGAGUCUGGUUGAACCUGAAACCAAGCGGUUGGGCUGGGGGGUGGUCAAGUUCGCCGGUCUGUUACAGGUAAGACAAGGUGGGGGGCGGGGAAAGGUGUGUUCUUGUUUUUUUUAAACUUUUAUGGACCAACUUUUAUCCAUUUUGUCAAACUAUGUAGUUCUGUCGUGUCUCUGAUUUUACCACCACGUCAAAGAGUUGAAUCUCUCUCUCUCACCCUCUCUCUCUUUUUCUCUCUCUCCCUCUCUCUUUUUCUCUCUCUCUCUCUCUCUUUUUCUCUCUCUCUCUCUCUCUCUCUCUCUGUCUCUCUCUCUCUCUCUCUCUCUCUCUCUGUCUCUCUCUCAAUUCAAUUCAAUUGACUUUAUUGACAUGGCAAGUUCGUUAUUACUUACAUUGUCAAAGUAUACAUAUCGAAAAUAAAAAUCAAAUAUAUAUGUAUAUAUAUACAAAAUAUAUAUUUCUCUCUCUCUCUCUCUCUCUCUCUCUCUCUGUCUCUGUCUCUCCUCCACACACUGUCCUGUAGGCUGACGUCAUGACGACGAGCUAGUCUUCCUGGGGAUUUCCAUAGGCGACCAAAAAAAAACGAAAAAAGAC